ACAUUACACACACACACACUAACAGACACAACGCAGCUCUGAUGAAGCAGGUUUAGGAGGGGAGGACAAACCAAGAUGGCCCUUUGUUUCCAUCUGAAAGGAGCGUAAAGUUAUGUUCAUUUGAAACUGGGAUGUGAUGAGGAGGAGGAAGAGGCAGGUCUGUCGGCUGCAGGAUUCCAUCACUCUUGGCAACCAUUAUUGAGUUACCACGGAAACGCUGUGCAAUGUUCUCUGCUUCUCCUUUGUCCUCCUCCAUCACUCUGCUCUCUCUCUCUCUCAUUCCAUCCCAUCUUUAUUGCUGGUCGACCUCCUCCUUGCGUUGCCACAGCAAUGGUCUGAGUCGGCUGCAGUGCUGGAGCGCAGAGCUGAGCCGUGAGCUGGUGAAGGAAGCCGUCAGCUUUUCACCUUGAUUUCUAUUGUUUUUGCUCUUUCACUUUGAAGUUCUCGUGACCUUUCACCCAUCCCGUUCCCUAACGGAUCAGAGGCCAUCAAUUUGGAUUGGCCGAGCUUCUCAGGUGACAUCACAGGAAGUUGGAUGAAGUUGGAAGAACUCAAGCACUCUCUGUUGCGACUGGCAUUGAUGUUUUCAGGACUCCUUCACUCUGAAAGACGUCUAGGUACUUUGCGGAGACCAAACUCUGCUCUGUGAACACAUCUCCAAACCCUAAAAGAGAUGAACGAGGAGGCAGAGGAGGCGCAGCUUCCUGAGGAGUUGCUGGAAGCUGAGAAGCAGGAGGUGCAGCAACAGGAGGACACACUGUCUGAGGAGUUGUUAAAGGAAGAGGAAGAUCAGGAGUCACCAGAAGAAGAGAUGGAGGAAGAAAUGGAAACAGAUGAGAUCCACAAAGAAGAGAUAAUAAAGCAAAGUGAGAAACAGAAAGAGCCGGAGGAGGUGGAGGAGAGAGAAAAGCUGCAGCAGCAAGAGGAGGAGGUGCAGGAUGAGGAGAUGUCACGCAUAGAAGAGCAGGACACGGAACAGGAGCGAGUGCAGGAUGAGCAGCAGGCAGAAGUGGUGGAAAAGGAGGAGGUAAAGGAGCUGCAGCAGGCUGAGGUAAAGGGGGAGGAGGAGGUGGUGCAGGGUGAAGAGAUGUUCCGGACUGAGGAACAGCAGCAGCUGCAGAAAGCAGAUGUGCAUCAGACUGAGGGGGCGCAGGACUUUGUAGACACUCUGGAGCAGAACCACAACAACCAGGUCCUGAUCCGACUGAGAGGAAUGCAGAAAUAUAAAAGUACAUCACAGAGACUGAAGGGGGUCCUGGAGCAGAUGGACCGUGGCGUUGUGGACCUGCAGGAGCUCCGCAGGAACCUGGAACUCGCUGCUGCCAUGUUGGACACUGUUUACACGGAUGAGACCAGGCGACUGUUGGACACCGAGGAUGAGCUCAGCGACCUGCAGGCUGAAUCAGUGCCCAGUGAAGUACGCGAUUGGCUGGCUUGCACAUUCAGUAGGAAGAUGGGUGUGUCCAAACGUCGUCCUGAGGAGAAGCCAAGAUUCAGAAGCAUUGUCCAUGCAGUGCAAGCCGGGAUAUUUGUGGAGAGGAUGUACAGAAGGACUUCCAACAUGGCUGGCCUGACCUACCCUCCCACAGCUCUGACAGCUCUGAAGGAGGUGGAUCAGUGGUCCUUUGAUGUUUUUGCCUUUCACGAAGCCACCGGAGACCACGCCCUCAAGUUCCUGGUCUACGACCUGCUGACCCGAUAUGACCUCAUCAACAGGUUCAGGAUCCCAGUGCAGGCUCUGGUGCAGUUUGUUGAGGCUCUGGAGAGUGGCUAUAGCAAACACAGGAACCCCUACCACAACCUGAUCCACGCUGCAGACGUCACGCAGACCGCCCACUUCCUGAUGCUGCACACUGGACUGAUGCACUGGCUCAGCGAGUUGGAGAUUCUCGCGAUGGUUUUUGCAGCAGCGAUACAUGACUUUGAACACACAGGAACCACCAACAACUUCCACAUCCACACCAGGUCGGAGGUGGCCAUCCUCUACAACGACAGGUCGGUGCUGGAAAAUCAUCACGUCAGCGCCGCCUACAAACUGAUGGCAGAGGAGGACAUGAACAUCCUGGUCAACCUUAACAAGGAUGACUGGAGGGAACUGAGGUCACUGGUGAUAGAGAUGGUGAUGUCCACCGACAUGUCCUGCCACUUCCAACAGAUCAAGACUAUGAGGAACGCCCUGACACAGACACUCGGUAUAGACAAAGUGAAAGUUUUGUCAUUGAUGCUUCAUGCUGCAGACAUCAGUCAUCCUGCCAAAGCCUGGCCGCUGCACCACCACUGGACUCACAGCCUGAUGGAAGAGUUCUUCAGACAGGGAGAUAAAGAAGUGGAACUUGGUCUUCCUUUUUCGCCUCUCUGUGACCGCAAAGCUACCAUGAUCGCCCAAUCACAGAUAGGUUUCAUAGACUUCAUAGUGGAGCCAACGUUCAGUGUUCUGAUUGACACAACAGAAAAAGUGAUUGGUCCUCUGAUAGACGAGGACAGGAAAGCUCGAGAGACUGGAAACAGGAGGUCCAGCCUAACAGGAAGUGGCUCAGUCACCGUGGAGUCAGUGCAGAGACACAGCUGUGGUCUCCAUGGGAACAGUGAUGAUGAACAGAUGGACUUUUCUCUAACGGCAAUCAACCUGUCGGCUUUGAGGCUCCACCUCUCCAACGUCAUCACCAGCAACAAGGACCGAUGGAAAGAGCUGUCUGUGCAUGAGCUGGCUGAUAAAGAGAAAGAGACAGAAGAGGAUGCAAAGACAUUAGACAUCCAACCUCAUGCUUCACCCAGCCAGAGCGGACACAACACUGACCAAUCCCAGCCAUCUGAUGGCUCCCCUCCUGUUGAAGAGCAUAGUGACAUGUCACCUGACCACAUGUCAAGUGAUCACCUGACCUGCAAUGGGGCAGGGGAGGAGAAGGGGGAGGAGGAAGAGGACGACAAAGUGCCUGAAAACGACUGACAGGACUCUGCAGCGAAUUCCCCACUGUAUCUAACUGUGGCUGAUCACCAUGGCAACAGGCGGCUCGGUGCAGUGACAACGAGAGUUCAGACUCCUCUGUGUAAACACAGCAGCUGACUCAGUGGCCCCUCAGUGGCCCUCAAAGGGCCUCUAGACUUUAUGUUUACAACCGACUAUGGACGUAUCACAUUCAAAGUGACAACAUUCAUCAGACUACAGCUUCUUAGCAGCUUCCUGCUCCACUCACAGUAGUACAAGUGUUUGUUACUGAAAUGCUGUCUGUCACGUAUGUGGAAAUGUUAAUAUUUAGAUGAAAUUAAAGGCAGUCAGGUGAGAAAACCAAAGAGUGUGUAAAAAUCAGACAGGCUACAUGUCUGUUAUUAGAAAGAAUGAAAUACGGAGCUGUUAAGAAGCUGCAGUGGAAGUUUUGUGAAAGCAUUCAGGUGCAGCGACAGGUGUCUCAGUUAUACACCACUUAUGAUAUGUGACGGGUGUGAGGGCUGGUUGCUGCUCUGCUCUUUGUUCAUGAUUUAAAUAGUCAACUAUUUAUUGUUUC